GAGAAAUCCCACAGAGGCUUUCCCCCUUCCAGGGCGCUUCCGCUAUUUCUGGGCAGGGUGAAGCAACGCCGCCGCAGUCCCUGCCCGCCCGGUGAAGGCUCCGUCCCGUCCCGUCCCGUCGCGGUGCCCAUCCCGCGCCACUAUGGCCGGCCGCCUGCUGCUCCUGCUGCUCUGCGCGGCGCUGCCGGACGAGCUCCGGGCUGAAGGAGGCGUGUUCAUCAAGAAAGAAAGUGCCGACAAGUUCUUGGAAAGGACAAAACGUGCCAACAGUUUUUUAGAAGAAAUGAAGCAAGGCAAUAUUGAAAGAGAAUGCAAUGAGGAGCGCUGCUCAAAAGAAGAAGCAAGAGAAGCCUUUGAAGACAACGAGAAAACUGAGGAAUUCUGGAAUAUCUAUGUAGAUGGCGACCAGUGCAGCUCAAAUCCUUGUCACUAUGGUGGACAUUGUAAAGAUGGACUUGGUUCCUACACCUGCUCCUGUUUGGAUGGUUAUCAAGGAAAGAACUGUGAAUUUGUCAUACCAAAGUACUGCAAAAUAAACAAUGGUGACUGUGAGCAGUUCUGCAGCAUCAAAAAAAGUUUGCAGAAGGAUGUUAUGUGUUCCUGUACAAGUGGGUAUGAGCUGGCAGAAGAUGGCAAGCAGUGUGUUUCAAGAGUAAAGUACCCAUGUGGAAAAGUUCUUGUGAAAAGAACUAAAAGGUCUAUCGUUUUACCCACUAAUAGUAGUACCAAUGCAACUAGUGAUCAAGAUGUCCCCUCCAUGAAUGAAACAAGUCUGGAGGAGGACUUUGCAACUACCACAGAAAGCCCAACUCCCCCUCCUCGCAACAGAUCGAGGAUGACAGAUCCAAAUGUCGAUACCAGGAUAGUCGGUGGGGAUGAGUGUAAACUUGGUGAAUGCCCAUGGCAAGCUGUGCUGAUAAAUGAGAAAGAGGAAGAGUUUUGUGGUGGAACUAUAUUGAAUGAAGAUUUCAUCCUUACUGCAGCUCAUUGCAUAAACCAAUCCAAGGAGAUCAAAGUUGUUGUUGGUGAAGUGGACAGAGAAAAGGAAGAACAUUCUGAAACGACUCAUACUGCAGAAAAAAUAUUUGUGCACUCUAAGUACAUCGCUGAGACUUAUGAUAAUGACAUAGCCCUCAUAAAGCUGAAGGAACCGAUACAGUUUUCUGAGUAUGUUGUCCCAGCAUGCCUCCCGCAAGCAGACUUUGCUAAUGAAGUGCUGAUGAACCAAAAGUCUGGGAUGGUUAGUGGCUUUGGGCGUGAAUUUGAAGCUGGACGGCUUUCCAAAAGACUGAAAGUGCUUGAAGUCCCCUAUGUUGAUAGGAGCACUUGCAAGCAGUCCACUAAUUUUGCAAUAACAGAAAACAUGUUCUGCGCUGGUUAUGAAACAGAGCAAAAGGAUGCUUGUCAAGGAGACAGUGGAGGCCCCCAUGUAACCAGAUAUAAGGAUACUUACUUUGUUACUGGAAUUGUUAGCUGGGGAGAAGGAUGUGCAAGGAAAGGCAAAUACGGUAUAUAUACCAAACUGUCCAGAUUCUUGCGUUGGGUAAGGACAGUCAUGAGACAAAAGUAGUAGUGGUGUAGCUCUCAAUCCUCCCAUUAGGAAACAAGGUGCAGUUUAUCUAAUGGAAAUGUUUUUUUUAUUUUUUAGCCAUAUCUGCUAAACUUGUUUUGAAAGCUGGUUUCUUGAAGUUACAGUGCUGCUUCUCUUUCUUCUUUUAUUUUGUUGACUUUAAGCAUGUAAAUGUGGUCUGCUGGUGUUGUUUUGAGUUCGCACAGUAAGGGGCUUUCACCAAACAAAAUGCCUGCUCAUUGGUGUCUUCUGAUUACUUGACUAGUUAUUUUCAUAUUGUCAUGUUGGUUCCUGUCUGUUUGCCCAAGUGAUUCCACCAAAGACUCCUGGACAUAACGUGAUGGAAGUGGGAAGGCCAGGAUUUCAGUCUGUCCCCCUACUGCAGCCCACUCAGUCAGUAGGGAGUUUAUUCCCACUAGAGCUUUUUAGCUUCUACCUGUGGUUGUCUUUAGAAGAUGAAGGGAGAAGGGAAGCUUCUUUGGACAAAGCUGAAACACAAGUAAGUAUUCAGUAUAUGUUGCUAAAUAGCCAUGUUCCACAAAACUUCCAACUUAGGUCACAGCAGCUAAAUAAAAUGUUGUGUUGCUUUAUGUGGUUGUACUUCACUCUAGUUUAAUUUGAACACUGAUUUUCUGCUUCUUCAGAAAAAAAUAACAUGUAUGUACACUGUUUCCUGUAUCAUAGGAUUGUGCAUGGCUAAGGAUCGGAGAGGUCCUUCUGUGUGUAGUUGUUCCAGGUGCUACUGUAAGAUGUAUUAUCAGUAUACAUCAGCAUUUGAAAUAAAACAUUAUUUCUUUUUUGUUC